CUAGAGGUUGUCAUGUCAUGCCUCUCAAAUUAUUUCUAGAACACCAACGUUUUAGACAACUCUAAUUCUGAACCCUCACAAGUUAGAAUCAUGAAAGAGUUUAGUAUCUUCUCCAUCUGGGUGCUUAUCAACCUGCUGCUUCUGAAGAGCUCAUCAUGUGCCGCUGACUCAAGUGUUGUGAAUCCCUGUUGUUGCUACCCUUGCCAGAACUCAGGAGUGUGUGUGAGAUUUGGUGCAGAUCGCUACGAAUGUGACUGCACUCGCACUGGCUUCUAUGGGAAGAAUUGCUCUGUUCCGGAGCUCUGGACAAGAGUUCGUCUCAUGCUUAAGCCGAGUCCUGCAGUGGUUCACUUCAUCCUCACCCACUUCAAGUUGUUCUGGGACCUCGUCAACAGCACCUUCCUGCGAGACACAUUCAUGAGAUUAGUGCUGAUAGUCAGGAGUGACCUUAUUCCAAGCCCUCCAACCUACAACACCAAAUAUGGAUACCUUAGCUGGGAGUCCUACUACAACGCCUCCUACUACACCCGUCUCCUCCCUCCUGUGCCCAAAGACUGCCCUUUGCCGAUGGGAGCUAAAGGUAAACCAGAGCUUCCUGAUCCCAAAGUGUUGGCCGAGAGGUUUUUUAGGAGAAAGACAUUCAGGCCGGACCCCCAGGGAACCAAUGUGAUGUUUGCCUUCAUGGCCCAACACUUCACCCACCAGUUUUUCAAGACAAACCAAAAAGUUCAAGGUGGCUUCACCAAGGCUUUAGGACACGGGGUAGAUGCAGGUAAUAUCUAUGGAGACAACCUCAUGCGACAGCUUCAACUCCGGCUUCAUGAAGAUGGAAAACUUAAAUAUCAGUUAGUAAAUGGUGAGGUGUACCCUCCUUCAGUAUCUGAAGUCCCUGUGGACAUGGUUUAUCCUGAGAGUUUCCCUCCAGAGAAGCGUCUGGUCAUGGGUCAGGAGCUGUAUGGCCUCCUGCCGGGCCUCACCAUGUACGCCACCGUAUGGCUGAGAGAGCACAACAGAGUCUGUGACAUCCUGAAGGCAGAACAUCCCACCUGGGACGAUGAGCAGCUCUUCCAGACCGCCAGACUCAUCAUCAUUGGUGAGAUCAUCAACAUCAUAAUAGAAGAGUACGUGCAGCACCUGAGUGGUUACUAUCUGGACCUGAAGUUUGAUCCCACUCUGCUCUUCAACUCACGUUUCCAGUACAGCAACCGCAUCGCUCUGGAGUUCGUCCACCUCUACCACUGGCACCCACUGAUGCCCGACAGCUUCCUCAUUGAUGGCGAAGAAAUCCCAUACUCCCAGUUCGUGCACAAUACCUCCCUCCUCUUGCACUACGGGGUGGAGAAACUGGUGGAUGCCUUCUCUCGACAACCUGCAGGACAGAUAGGUGGAGGUCGUAACUCUAAUGAAAUAGUGCUCAGAGUGGCGGAGAUGGUCAUCAGAGAGUCGCGAGCAACACGUGUGCGGCCCUUCAAUGAAUACAGGAAGAGGUUCAACCUGAAGCCAUACACCUCUUUUUAUGAGUUUACUGAUGACGUGGAAAUAGCCAGAGAUUUAGAGGAGCUCUACGGUGACAUCGAUGCUUUGGAGUUCUACCCCGGCGUCAUGCUGGAGAAAACACGUCCCAACAGGCUGUUUGGUGAGAGUAUGGUGGAGAUGGGUGCUCCCUUCUCCCUGAAAGGCCUGCUGGGAAACCCCAUCUGCUCCCCUGAGUACUGGAAGCCCAGCACCUUUGGGGGCGAGACCGGCUUCAACAUCGUCAAAACUUCCACUUUGAAGAAACUGGUGUGCCUCAACACCAAGUGGUGUCCAUACGUGGACUUCCAUGUUCCACGAAACGAGGAGGAGGCAAAACCAAGGGAACCAUCCACUGAGCUUUAAUUAAUAUUCACCUGGUGGUUUGUGAUUUGGCGGCAUGGUAGUGCAGUGGUUAGCACUGUCACCUCACAGCAGGAGGGUUCCUGUUUUGAAUCCAGGGUGGGGGAGCCCUUCUGUGUGGAGUUUGCAUGUUCUCCCUGUGUCAGCGUGGGUUUUCUCUGGGUACUCCAGCUUCCUCCCACAGUCCAGAGACAUGCAGGUUAAUUGGUGACUCUAAAUUGGCUGUAGGUGAGAAAGUGAGCGUGAAUGGUUGUCUGUCUCUAUGUGUCAGCCCUGUGAUAGUCUGGCGAUAGGCUCCAGCCCCUAACAGGAUAAGUGGUUACGGAUAAUGAAUGAAUGAAUGAGUGAUCUGUGAUUUGAUUAAUCAUCUUUAUUUCUUUACUGACUGAGGGAGAUAUUAACAUGUCAAUGUGCUAUAAAGUUUAGUCAUAAUUCCAUUUAAGAGACAGCUCAUCCCCCAAAACACAUUUUUCCUCUUACCUGUUCUGCUAUUUAAAAAUCUAGAUCGUUUUGGUGUGAGUUGCAGAGUGUUGGAGAUACUGGCUGUAGAGAUGUCUGCCUUCUCUCUAAUGAUUAAUGGUGCUUGAAAAACUCAACAGCAAUGUCUCUUUCCAGGAAACAUGACCUGGUUACUCAAGAUAAUCAACAGACCUUGUUGUGAGCAGUUUUAUUUUGGAACUAUUUUCUUUCUACUUAACUACACCCACUACUGUGCAGAGGGAAGUGCGCAUCCACUGCUAGCUCACUGAGCACCACUGAGCUGGAGAGGAUUACAGCUCAUCUGAAAAAGGUGCCAGUAACAUUUACAUGUCAUGCUGUCACAAGCACAAGCCUCUCAUCCAUGAGUAGAUACACGCUUCCUUUUGUGCGGUGAAACGGUUGGAGGGUGUGGUUCAGCAGUGAGAAAAUAGCUCCUACAUGAAACUGCUCACAACAAGGUCUGUUGGUUAACUUGAAUAAUCGGGUCAUGAUUACUGGAAAGAGACAUUGCUGUUGAGUUGUUCAAAUGUAGUUUUUGGUGAGUUGAAAACCACAAGCCGAGUGCAACUCACACCAAAAUGAUCUAGAUCUAGAUUGAUAAACAGCACUACAGGUAUGAAGAAAAAUGUGUAUUUUUGAUUUUGGGGUGAACUGUCCCUUUUAAAAUUAAGUUCAGGAGUUAAGUUAUUGUAAUACUACAUGUGCUGACUCAGUAGUUCCAAUCAUGCCUGCAGUGAAUGACAGACUUUACAUUUAAGCAGGACUGCCUCUCAAAAUUACAGUUUACAAAUUUCAUAUUUUCUACAGCAAGACAAUUUCUGUGGAUCUCGGAAAUAUAUUUUAAUUUGCUAAUGGUUUAACUCGGUGGAACUAUUUUGCUUUGUUUAUUAUUGUGUAUUUUAUUUUACUCUUUUUUUUCCUUUUUAGAGGAGUUUUUACAUUACUAUAUUUUCUUGAACACUGAAAAAAUACCUAACAUUACUGUAAAAAAAAAAAAAAAAACCUGUUCAAAGAAAAGAGUGAAUAUACUGUAUAUUAAAUCGCCAAAAGUGAAAUGGCUUAAGAUAUAGAAGAAAUAAUUAUCUGUACAGUUAUUUUUGUUUCAUAUGAAUAGAAACACAUCUCAUUUUGGAUAAGAUUACACCCCAUGAAUGUUUGUAAUCUCUGCUAAAAAGAAAAUGAAGUUUGCCACACCACUGGGGGGGCCAAGUGCCUUGCUCAAGAGCACCUUCGUACAAGAAAAGGGUGCAGACUGAGACGGCUGUGGCUCAGAAGGUAGCGCAGGUCGUCCACUAAUUGGAAGAUGCCAGUCGGCUCCUGCAGUCUGAAGUAUCCCUGGGCAAGAUACUGAACCCCAAAUUGCUUCUGGUGGCUGUUCCAUCAGUGUGUUUGAGCGUGUGUGAAUGGG